AUGACUGAAAUUCCCAAACUCAAUCUCUCUCUCAAAAAGAAUAAUUCAGAACCAAACAACAACAACAACAACUGGGGUCAUUCUCGGGUGAGCUCGUCUGAUACUAAUUCUGAUGAUGUCAUGCUUUCACCCCGUGGAUCUUCAAAUAGUGCUCAUUCAACAGGAACAAUCGGUGUGAAUGGUGGCAUUAGUGUGAUCUCACAAUUUGUGGAACCUUUAAAUCACACAAAGAAGAGUAAUGCCAGUAUUCAUUGGAGAUGUGUUCAUGUGUUGGAACAUCCUGAUUUUGAAAUGAAUGCCUUGGAUGACGAAUCAUCUUAUCAUACCUCUCUUCAAAUAAUUCCCUUUUCAAUUGUUGAUGCUGUGACACAGAAAUCUCGUUAUGCAUUGGUGCAUGGUUCAAAGAGAGGUGUCUCAGUAUUGGAACUUGUUGAAGAAUUAACACAAGCAACAGAUAAUAGAACUGGCACUCAAUGGAUCAUUAAAUAUCACACAAAAUUAGAAUCGAAUGGUUUUGGCUCGAGUGCUGUAUUGCUCAAAAGAUCUCAACAGCGUUAUUCUAAUGAAGCAGUGAAUCAAAAUAGAACCUUAACAAGUCGAAUGAAGAAAUUAUUCAAAUCUUCAAAGAAUGAUGUUUCCGCAUGUCCUCAUCCUUCCAACAUCUUCUUUCAAUAUAAAUUCAGUAGUCAUGAAUUCAAGUUAUUUGCGGCAGGUGAAGAGAAUACAUCUUCCAAUACCAAUGGAAAUGGAAUUUCAAAGAAAUCAUCAUUUCUUAAUUCAAACUUUUGGCCAAGUGCUCAUGCCAAUCAUACCGUAUUGGCUGUAUCGAAAGAUUUAUUUAUCUUUGGAGGCAAUUAUUUGAAAUGGAAUGACCUUACACAAGAUUCAAAUUCUAAUAACAACAACAACAACAUCAACGAUCCUCUCUCCUCAUCAGUAACUGAUACAUCGAAAAAGACUACCUUUGUGUAUGUCUUUGAUAUGAAAAAGAAGAAAUUUGAGCAACCAAAAUUACCAAGCUUUAGCAUUCCAAAACAAUCCUCAGUGAGUACAGCAUCGAGAAGUAGUUGUAGUACAGACUAUCUCGGAGGUGGAGAAGGAGGAGGCACCACACACCCUAUCCAUAUUCCUCUCCCUAUUGAAGAUGUGGAUACCAAACAAAAGGAAAGAAGAAGUAAUUUAUUGGACUCUAUUAAAUUAUUCGUAAAAGAGAGAAAGGGAUCCAUCCAUGAUCACCGACAACUCUCAACAGAUAUUCGUGAUAUUGGACCUCUGAAUCGAUUUGGACACUCUGUGGUUAAUGUGAAUGGUGUUGCCUACUUGUACGGAGGAAGACUCAGAAAACCCUAUGCUAGUGGACAUCCCGACCAAGUGAACCCCUAUUCCGAUGAUUCUGUCUAUAGCUACAACUUUAGAACCUCUCAAUUCACUCGUCUCAAAAUUAAGAGUUCAGAAAAGCCUCAUCCACGAAUGUUCCACGCCAUGGUUGAAAUCCCUGAGAAUAAUUGCUUCUUAAUGAUGGGUGGACACUCUGCGAACGAAACAAUUCUUGAUGAUGAAGGAUUAAGCAUGAUGAUGAUGGAAGAUUCUCAAAGCAAACCAUUAAGCAUCACCACCACACCAUUGCGAUACUUUACCGAUUGCUAUCUCUUUGAUAUUUUGAGAUCCGAGUGGACCCUUGUGAAACAGAGAGGUCAUAUUCCACUCUCAGCUGAAACUGAAUGCAGAUCUCCUUUAGCACUCACUCGAACGAAAGAAGGCAACUUUUUGUGUGUGGUAAAGAAUGGAUCAGGUAGCUUGGAAGUGUAUGAAGGAAAAUUGACUUUCUAA